GCUCACACCCGACUCACGACGAUGAGCGCCAUCGUACCGUCGCGCCUUGCGGCGCUGGCAAAGCUCCGCUGUAGCAUCUUCCAACAAACGUACAACCCAACUGGAGUCCGGACUGGUGCCAAAUACCUCAAGCAAAAGCUACGCGGUCCAGCUAUGACCAUGUACUACCCUACACGACUCAACAUCUCUGCCCUCGCACGGCAACUACCUGAACUUGAACUCGUUGACGAGGAGGAAAUGGAGCGUAUCGAAGAUGUUACUUCCAGGAGAAAGAGAGGAAAGGGCGCGCCGAAGAAGGCCAAGACCAAAGACGACAGCAGACGUGCAAAGAAGAAGCGGUAAAUGUUAUAGCCAUCGCUAUCUUCAUCACAACUCCCUUCGUAUCCACACGCUGGGUACACUGGAACCAGCCACGCCCCCUCGGCACAGCAUCCACGACCACCACCAUAUCCUAGCCUUAGAUGUAAUCACGAAUGUCAGUAAUUCACCUGG